AAGUAUCGCCUCCUCAAUUGAUCUGAAUCUGAUCUUAUUUGAGUUCGUUGAGCUUCCUCUUCCUCUGGCUGUAACAAAACGUACAAAACUGAAUCUACCUGCCUUCCAGAUUCAACUUCCCACUCUCUUCUUCUUCGUUUUUUUCUCCAAAAAAAAAAAAAAGAGAUAAAAUCGAAAUAGAAAAUUGACGAAACAUCCAAGUAAAAGAAAAAGAUUCCCAGUUCUACUCCGUGAUUCUUAAUUGUAUAUUUGUCGGAGUUUUUUUUUUUUUUUUUGGGGAGUUGUGAAAAAAAAAAAUCAAAGGCGAAUAAAAGCAAGCAAGCAAGCAAAGCAAGAAAGGAGAUUGGAAACCCUAGUUAGUUGUAACAAUAUUAGUUUUGAUUUUGAAAUUUGAUUGGAAUAAGUGAGAAUUGAUUUUGAUGGCGAAUAUUGGAUUGUCUGUUUGGUUGCAUAAGAAGAUCGUUGAUCCUCUCCUUCAAAUACUUCGCAGGGGUGCUGAGCCCAAACUGUUGGCUUCAUCUGCGGCGGUGGGCAUUACCUUGGGAGUGUUUCCCAUUUGUGGCGUCACUGUAUUUCUAUGCGGGAUGGCUAUCGCAGUUCUUGGAUCCCGUUGCCAUGCUCCUACUGUGAUGCUGGCAAAUUUUAUUGCCACCCCAAUAGAGCUGAGCCUGGUGAUACCUUUCUUGCGCUUUGGUGAAGUGAUCUCUGGCGGAUCUCAUUUUCCUUUGACAUCUGAUGCUUUGAAGAAAGUUUUAACUGGUCAAGCAUCUCGUGAUGUCCUGCUAAGUAUUGCUCAUGCGUCUCUGCAGUUGCUUGGAUGGCUUGUUGCUGUGCCUUUUAUUUUGGCGGCAUUGUACAUAUUAUUUUUACCAUGUUUCAAGAUCUUGGUCCGCAAGUUCAGUGCCCUUCCUUCAAGCCCAAAGAAACCACUCCAUUCGCAUUCGGAAGUGAAGCUUAAGGUAAGGGAUGUCUGAGCAGCUUCGCAAAAAAGUAACUAGAUGCUUCACUCGUCCCUUGGGCUUGAAGGGGAAAACUGGAUUAUGUGUUUAUAAUGCCACAUGUACAUAGAACAUUGUUGUACUUUCUACUCAGUAUGUCGUAUAAGUGUCAUGCUUAUUCGCAUUCAACCAAAAUGUUGUUGGCCUUUACACAGAAAAUUCAUGAAAAUACACAGAUGAUUGGUUUAACUGUUUUGGCUGGAUACUGAUUGCUGAUACAUGUUCAGGUAGGAUUUUUGCUGAUUUUUCAUGGGCGUUUUAGCACUUGUGCCUCUUGAUGUUCUUGUGAUUUGGCACUUUCAUCUUUGAAAUGUUUCGGGGGGGCAGAAGUGCUUAAAACCCUUUCCAUGCUACUGGUUUA